AUGUCCUCAAAAUUUUCCUUCAUUUUUCACUUCUUUCUCUCGUCCAUGUUGCUGGGUUGCCUUGCAACAACGCAACUUGAUGGCUUAACCAUGGAGCUCAUCCACAAAGACUCCCCACGAUACCCUCUUUACCAAGCUAAUCUUCCUCUUGGAGAGAAAAUCCAGCAACCAGCUGCAUGCCCAUUUGCUGGUUUGCACCACCGAACCAGCACGAUGUCAACAAAUAUAGCUGCCAAGCACAAGACGCUAAGUCCUAGGGCUUCCUAUGGUGACCCGUUUUUGUUCUUGGCACAAGUUGGUAUUGGCUCAUUCCAAGCAAAAUCUCAUAAUGAAAAUUCCAAAUCAUACUACUUUCAAAUAGACACUGGUAAUGAGCUCUCUUGGAUCCAAUGUGAGGGUUGUCAAAAUAAAGACAACAGUUGCUUCCCUCAUAAGGAUCCUCCAUACCCCAAUUCUCAGUCCAAAUCUUACAGGCCUGUAUCUUGCAGCCAACACUCCUUCUGCGAGCCAAACCAAUGCAAACAAGGGUUAUGUGGCUACAAUGUGAGCUAUGGUCCAGGUUCCUACACAAGUGGCAUUCUUGCAAAUGAAACUUUCACUUUAUAUUCUAGCCGUGGCAAACGCACAGCUCUCAAGGAUAUCACUUUUGGAUGCAGCACUGACAGUAAGAACAUGAAAUAUGCUUUCUUGCUUGACAAAAAUCCAGUAAGUGGAGUUUUGGGUAUGGGAUGGGGUCCUCGAUCUUUUCUAGCUCAAUUAGGCUCAACCAGUGAUGGAAAGUUCUCUUAUUGCAUUAUACCAAACAACACACACAAUACCUAUUUAAGGUUUGGUAAACAUAUAGUGAAAUCCAAAAAUUUACAAACUACGAAGAUAAUGCAAGUCAAGCCCUCAUCAGCUUACCAUGUGAAUUUGCUUGACAUAAGUGUUAAUGGGGUGAAGCUCAACAUCACCAAAACUGCUCUUGCUGUGAAAAAAAAUGGCAGUGGUGGAUGUGUCAUAGACGCUGGUACCUUGGCCACAUUGCUUGUUAAGCCUAUUUUUGAUACGCUACACACAGCGUUGGCAGACCAUAUGUCUAGCAAUCAAAACCUGAAGAGACGAAUCAUUCACAGUUUGCACAAGGAUCUUUGCUAUGAAGAAUUAUCGGAUGCUGGCCGCAAGAACCUUCCUGUUGUUAUAUUCCAUUUAGAGAAUGCUGACCUUGAAGUUAAGCCUGAAGCCAUCUUCUUGUUUCGUGAGUUUCAGGGCAAAAAUGUUUUUUGCUUGUCGAUGCUUUCUGAUGUUUCCAAGACCAUAAUCGGUGCUUAUCAGCAAAUGAAGCAAAAGUUUGUGUACGAUACUAAAGCUCAAGUGCUGAGUUUUGGUCCGGAUGAUUGUGAGAAAAACGGCUGA